AUGGCAGGUGCUCGGGAGGACCACCUCCAUGAUCUGAUCAUGUACCCUGACGCCCGGCUCACCGAUGAGGAGAUGCGGGUGCUGCGUGCGCACGGGGAGAUGGCCAGCAUCACGCGGGUGCACGUGGCACGUCUCACCACCGCCUUUGGUGUGAGUUGCCUUCUGUACUUCCGCUUGCUAACGGCCCUUGCGGAUUCACAAGGUGUCCUUGAAGAGGAGGACCUGGUGCAGAUCGUUUUCUUGUACGGGCGCCUUCAAGCGCUGCUCUACGAGGAGGAGAUGGAGCUGGUGGACAGAUACUUACCCAUCAGCCGAGAAGAAGACAAAGGCGAGGCGGAGUACCGCGCGGAGGUGAACCGCUUCCGCAUCGCGCGGCAGCGGGCAGGGCUGCUGAUCCGGCCCCGGGCUGUGGGGGACACCUCGGAGGAGGGCUGCCAAUUCGUGCCGCAGAGCAGCGAUAUUGUGCCGCCUCUUCCCAAGGUGAUCCUGAGCAUGCUUAUGGAAGCCUGCCAUUUGCCGAUGGGCCAGAAGUGGGGCUACCACGAGCGCGUGCUCACCAUCAUCUCCUCCAUUUGUGCAGAUGCGCUAGACCAGCUGACCCACCUCUCCGGGCUCAUCAUGCGGCCGGUGUCGCUGGCGUACUAUCAGCACUGCCGGGUCAUCGUGGUACUCUUCAGCAUCAUGUGGCCCCUGGUCACUGAGCUCGGCGAAGAAAACCUGGGCAGCGUCUUUGACAACAUCGUCUUUCCCUUCGUGGUCUAUUGGGCCAUGCUUGGCCUGGAGAGGCUGGCGGAGAUGAUGGAGAACCCGGUUGGGGACGAUGACACGGACAUCAACCUCUACCAGCAGCUCCAUCAGCUCGAGGUGGGCAUCCAGGCGUCCUUCGAGCUCUGCGAGAGGGAGCGGGGCCCGCUGCGCAGGGUCUUUGCGCGCAUCUCGCCCAACUGCCCGGACUUUGUCAAGGAGCGGAAGAAGUGCCUGAACGUGUCGCCGCCCUUCCACUUCGAGGACUAUUUCUGCUGGCUGCCCCUACCCACCGCCAUCGCUGAAGGGAUGGUGAUGAAGCACGGGCACGUAGAUCACGCCCACAUGGCCUUCUUUGAGGGCCACAUCGCCAAGUUUCGGGCCUUUCUGCGGCGGGCUCUGAAGAGGCAUACGCUGGGGCGCCGCAGUCCGUACGAGGCUGUGCCCCAGGAGACGCGGAUGCCGACGAGCUGA